UCCCCAAUCUAUCACGUGACGCUUGACGGACGGACGGAGCAUUCGAUUUCAACAUGGCGGAUGAUCAGGACCAAGAUAUUUUUGGUGAAAACCAACAAACCUCUCCUCAACCAGUAGAAGACAAACUAUUUGGCGAAGACAAUACUACUGAAAUAUCAUUAGACAGUGACAAAAAAGAAGAAGAAUCCCUACCCGAAUCAAGACCUGUGCUUGUAACAGAAUCAGACCCACCCACUCAUGAAGAAAAGCAAGAAGAGCCUGAAAAUACCUCAAGUAGAACAAAUGAAGAAAUUGAGGAAGAAGAAAGUGGUGAUACAUUUGAUAUCAACAUUAAAAUCUCUGAUCCAAUUAAAAUAGGUGAUGGCAUGAGUGCAUACAUGAGCUAUCUAGUUACCACACAGACAUCCAUGCCUUCAUUUAAAUCUUCCGAGUUUUCUGUGAAGAGAAGAUUUAGCGAUUUUCUUGGGCUUUCAGAAAGACUUAAUGAGAAGCAUCUUCUCCUUGGCAGAAUCGUUCCUCCACCCCCUGACAAGUCUGUUGUAGGCAUGGUAAAAGUUAAAGGAUCAAAAGAAAAUCAGUCAUCAACAGACUUCGUUGAAAAAAGAAAACACGCAUUAGAAAAAUACGUAAACAGACUGGCUCGACACAAAGAUCUUUGUGAAGAUUCUGAUUUUAAAGAAUUUUUAGAGGCGGAUGAGCUUCCAAGGGCGAAAAAUACAUCAGCUUUGAGUAAAGGUGGGCUAUCACGUCUUGCCAAAGGUAUUGGAGAAGCUAUGUCAAAGAUGACAUCCAAAAUAGUUGAGACCGAUUCAUGGUUUGAAGAAAAACAGAAUCAAGUUGAAGCAUUAGAUAAUCAAUUAAAGAAAUUGCAUACAGCAACAGAGAUGUUAGUAACACUAAGAAAGGAGGUUUCUGUGAAUACUGCUGCAUUUGCCAAAAGUUGUUCGUUACUGAGCAGUGCGGAGGAGCAUUCCGGUUUGUCGAAAGCACUAACACAACUUGCUGAAGUUGAGGAGAAGAUAGAACAUAUUCAAGGAGAGCAGUCUGCCACUGACUUUUUCGGACUGUCUGAAUGUUUGAAGGAAUACAUUGGGAUGCUUGCUGCUGUCAAGGCUGUUUUCAAUCAAAGAAACAAAGUUUGGGGUAACUGGCAAAGUGCUCAAACCACAUUGAACAAGAAGCGCGAGGCUUUAGCUAAAUUUGAAAUAGCAGGUAAAGCUGAUAAAGUUGGUCCUGCACAAGAGGAAGUUAAGGAGUGGGAGCGUCGUGUUGAGAAAGGAGAAGAAGAUUUCGAUAGUAUAUCUAAAUCCAUUAAAAUCGAGAUGGCUAGAUUUGAGACAAUGCGAAUAAAAGAUUUCAAAGAAUUAAUUAUAACAUAUCUGGAAUCGUUGUUGGACGUUCAACAACAGUUUGUGACGUUAUGGGAAGGAUUUGGACCCGUUGCGAAAGAAAUUUGUUAAUCGAUGUUUUGAGUAGAACCAUUUUCUCUUGAUUCGAAUUUUACGGAGGUGUCCAGUUGUUUUUGCCCCGUUCCGUAAAUGUUGAUUCAAAAUGAUUGUUUUUUACAAGGGGUGUAUGAUGUUAUUUUGUUUGCGUUGUAUUUUUAUUUUUUCUAAAAAAAAAAUUCUUUUUCUUUUUUUUUGUAUAUUGUUAGCUUUGAAAUAUUUUGUAGUUGAUAUUCUUACACACAUUUACACUAUAAAUUGAUACUUUGUGAGUGUUUUUAGCCUUCCCUAGUCCGUUCAUAUUGUAACCCGUUCAUAUUGUAACAAUAACAACCAUGCCUUAGUUCUCGCUGCGGUAAUGCUUACGGUUCUAAACGAUUAAGAAAUGGGAACUCAUAAAAAAUAAAUACUCAAGUUUUAACUAUGAUUUAAAUAAAUAUAUUUACGAAUAAUAUAGAAUUAAAUUUCCUGUAUAAAUAUUUUUCCAACAUUGUCAAUUCGCAACUAUAUUAGAAGUUGAGGAAGAAAUUGUCUUCUGUUA